AUGGUUAAAGCAGAUCUCCAAGAGCUGACCAGAUCUCCAACAGCUGUCCUCGGAGCUUCUGGCGGCAUCGGCCAGCCUCUCUCCCUCCUGCUGAAGGCGUGCCCACUUGUUGAUGAGCUUGCUCUCUAUGAUGUUGUCAACACUCCUGGUGUGACUGCCGACCUUUCUCAUAUUUCUUCAGUUGCUAAAAUCUCUGGCUAUCUUCCCAAGGACGAUGGGUUGAAGCAUGCUUUGACUGGUACUGACAUUGUUGUCAUUCCCGCUGGCAUCCCUCGCAAGCCCGGCAUGACUCGUGAUGACCUUUUCAAGAUCAAUGCUGGGAUUGUUCGAGACUUGGUCGAGGGUAUUGCCAAGCAUUGCCCCAAGGCCUUUGUUUUGAUCAUCUCAAACCCGGUCAAUUCUACUGUCCCGAUUGCCGCAGAAGUCCUGAAGGCUGCAGGUGUCUUUGAUGCUAAGCGUCUUUUUGGGGUCACCACCCUCGAUGUCGUUCGCGCCGAGACCUUCACCCAGAAAUACACUGGUCAGAAGAAUCCCGCCCAUACCAAGAUUCCUGUCAUUGGUGGUCACUCUGGAGAGACCAUUGUCCCGAUCUUCAGCAAAGCGUCUCCAUCUUUUACAAUCCCUGACGAUAAGUACGACGACCUUAUCAAGCGCGUCCAAUUUGGUGGCGAUGAGGUCGUCCAGGCCAAGGAUGGUGCUGGUUCCGCUACUCUUUCCAUGGCUUAUGCCGGCUACAGGUUUGCCGAGAGCGUUAUUAAGGCUGCUAAGGGCGAGAAAGGCAUUAUUGAGCCAACUUUCAUCUACUUGCCUGGUGUUGUUGGUGGCGAGGAGAUCGCAGAAGCAACCGGCGUUCAAUUCUUCUCAACUCCUGUUGAGCUCGGACCUAAUGGCGCGGAAAAAGCCAUCAACAUCCUGGAUGGCAUCACCGACAAGGAGAGCAGGCUUCUCGAAGCCUGCAAGGCUGGCCUGCAGGGUAACAUUUUGAAGGGUGUUGAUUUCAUCAAGAGCCCUGUACCAACAAAGUAA